UAAACAUCUACCAAGCUCUCCACCACAAUCAAGCCAACACCAACUCCAACACCGGUUACUUUACCCCGCCAAACUUCACCAGACGGUUCGAAGGAGCUUCCGAGCUCAUCACCUCAAGAUGGACAUCCGCGUGCUCAAACCAUCGGAUAUCCCGCAUGUCCAGCUCGCCAACAUCACGAAUCUGCCUGAGAACUACUUCUGCAAAUACUACCUCUACCAUGCGAUGAGCUGGCCUCAGUUGUCAUACGUGGCUGUCGAUGUCUCCCGCCCCAAGAAAAACCCCUACGACCCCCCCAAGAUCGUUGGCUACGUCCUCGCCAAAAUGGAAGAAGAGCCCUCCGACGGCGUGCAGCACGGCCACAUCACGAGCCUAAGCGUGAUGCGAACGCACCGCCGACUUGGGUUAGCGGAGAAGCUUAUGAGACAGAGUCAACGCGCCAUGGCCGAAACCUUCUCGGCGCACUACGUCUCCCUCCACGUCCGCGUCUCCAACACGGCGGCGCUGCACCUCUACCGCGACACGCUGGGCUUCACCGUCGACAAGACGGAGGCGAAGUACUACGCUGACGGCGAAGAUGCCUUCAGUAUGCGCAUGGAGCUGUCUGACCUGCGCCAUGUGCCUGAAGAGAGCGAUGACGAGGACGAGGGGAAGAGCGAGGGGGUGGAUGAGGGCGAGGCUGUUGGGAGCGCGGGGAAGAAGGGGGAUGGGGAGGAGGCAGAGGAUGCGAAGAAGAGCGCGGCGGGGAAGAAGAGGAAGGUCAAGGUUAAGGUGGGGAGGGGUUUAGGGGUGGGGGAGUUGGUGGAGAGGAAUGAGGCGAAGGGGGCUUGA